AUGGAAUACGAUUGGUCUGCCGUAGAAAAGAAAGAAAGUAAGAAAAAAGUUGGCUGUCGAAUAUUUGUUGGUCUAUGUAUUCUCGGAACUUGUGCACUCGUGGUGAUUGCAGCCAUUGUAUUGGCAGCAAUUUUCAUUCCUCGAGCACCUAAUAUUACCACUGUUGGAUUUGGAUUUGAGGCAUUUUCAGUGAAUUUCUGUCCAGCUCAAGGAAAGAAUAAUUCUGCAUGUUGUGACGUGAAUCAAUGUACUUUUACGUAUCAAACCAAUAAUAUGAAUGUUGUGCCUUAUAUUACAUUGAGAGUGGCCAAUGGAAAUUUAUUUAAUAUUACUGCGAAUAAUAUUCAAGCAAGUUUGCAAUAUACUUCGAGUAUAGUGGCUGCUGUGAAUACGACCAUGUCGUUUGGUCCUCAAACUACACAAGACUACCGAGUGUAUUUAACGUGGGACAAUACAUUACCUGUCUCUACCAUGAGACAAGUCAUGUGUCAAUUAUCAAAAGCCAACAGUAACAUCAUUACCAUGACUGUGAAUGUUAAAAUGCAAAGUGUGCAAUAUUUCCUUAAUCAAUUGCAAUUCCCAUCCCGAUCCGAUGUAUUCAGUACUUCUGUGGAUGCCUGUGGAACGAAUGGUUGUGUCGUUGAUACCAAUUAUCAAUCCUCUCUUUGUCAAUAA